UUUGGGUUUUCUCGCAUGUAAUUUUACUAUAUAUUGCAUGCAGAACGGUACCCAUUGGAGGACUCUCUUUACUCAGCUAAACAACACUGCCUCCUCACCUCCCACACUCUUCUUCUUCCCUCUUUCUCACCCUAAUUCCUUUUUCCUUUCACUUUUUCACCAAAUAAUAGAAAUCCUUCAUUCCUUUUUCUAAAACCCCUUUCUAUAAAUCCUUCUUAUUCUUUCAUCAAUUUCUUUGCUUUCCAAUGAUGUCGCAUGGAUCAUCAUCGUCUGCAUUUCACAAUGAUCAUUCAGUGUCCGCCUCUUCUCAACAACCUGUGGGACUGUCUCGGUUCUUCUCGCAAUCCCACAACCCUUCCCAAACCCUAGAAGAUGCUUUUUCUCGUCUUUGUGUUUCUGCCUCUCCUUUCAACUACUCACAUUCCGCCUCUCCUUUCAACUACCCACAUUCUGAUUUUGUUGCCGAUGGUCCUUAUGGUAUCAAUGGUUCUUCCAAGAUCCCCCCUUACAACAGUUGGAAUGGUGGGAUUUCCACUCCUCAGACGGCCAAUCUUUGGCACCCCACAUUCACUGUUAAUAAUUAUUCUUAUCAUGGUGAUGGGUGUCUUGAUUCAAAACCAUUGACGAGACAAAUAGAAAAUCCCACAUUCAGUGGUGUUUAUCCUGUUGUACCAUUCUCUUCCAAUGGAAUGGUGUUGCAGAAGACCUCUGACAACAACGGUUUCUUGAAUGGUGGUGUUUUAGGUGGUAAUGGUUUCAAUAUUCUGGGGUUUACUUUUGAUGAAAGGCGCCUCCGAUGGUUCAAUAAUUUUCGUGGUUGCGUUUUGACGUUGGCUACGGAUCAACAUAUGUGUAGGACUUUGCAGGAGACUUUGAAAACAUUGACGAGAGAAGAGUUUGAUAUCAUUUUCUUGGAGCUUAUUAAUCACGUGACUGAUUUGAUGGUUGACCCCUUUGGGAAUUAUGUUGUUCAGAGGAUGAUGGAACUUUGCAGCGAAGAGCAACGGACUCAGUUAGUGUUAAGACUGACUCAGUGUAAUUUUCAGUUGGUCAGAAUUUGCCUGAGUCCCCAUGGAACCCGGGCUGUUGAGAAAUUAUUGGAGUAUAUAACCUCCCAGGAGCAACGAAAUCGUAUUAUGUCAGCUCUUAGUCCCGGUGCUGCUGUAUUGGCAAAGGAUGUGAGUGGUCAUAGGGUGAUUCUGCAUUGUCUAAAACAAUUCCCUAGAGAAGACAAUGAGAAUCUUCUGAAUGUGGUGGCAAGCAAGUGCUUUGAUAUUGCAACAGAUAAAACCGGAUGUUGUGUGCUGCAGCCAUGCAUUAACCAUGCACAAGGAGAAAUAAAGAAGAAGCUGAUAGCUGCUGUCAUGUUUUACGCUUCACACUUAGCGGAAGACUGUUACGGCAACUAUGUUGUGCAACAUUUAUUGUCUCUGGGGAUGCCAGGAGUUGCAGAAUCUCUAUGGAGACAGCUUGAAGGAAGAUUCUUCUAUCUGGCCUGUAACAAAUAUGGGAGUAAUGUAGUGGAGAAGUUCUUUCAAGACUCGGUUGAACCGCAUUCAACAUAUAUUUCUCUGGAAUUGCUCCACAAUCCAAAUGUUGCAAUGCUUCUUGUGGAUCCAUACGGGAAUUAUGUCAUCAAAUCAGCACUGUCAGCAUCAAGGGGUCAUGUCCGGAAUGCCUUGGAGCAACUGAUCAAACAAAAUUCGUUGAUGAUGCAGAGCAACCUCUUUGGCAAAAAGCUACUUGCUUGGUUUAACAAGGGAAGAAUAUAAACAUGCAUUGCUGUUACUUUGUAUAGUUCCAAAGACAACUCAUACCGCAAGGGGUUGCACGUGUCUCCAUUGUUUGUCUGUUCCAUUACUGUGGUACCAAACAUUACAUUGUUUAUGUCUUGGCUGUGUUAGUUUUGUAGUUUAUUUAGUUCUUUUCAAUUUUGUCACCUUCGAUGCGAUAGUAGGACUUGCUACUGAAAACCGUUCAGAUUGAACUACAGAGUGGACUAUAUUGAACAAUUCUCUGCUGUA